AUGACAGAAGCACUCACGAACGGUCACUCAGCCAAUGGAAUCACCUCAAAUCGCUCGGUCGUCUGGGUCGCACCCUCAAACGUCGACAUCCAGCACCGUGACGUGAAAGAACUAGGCGAGGAAGAUGUCCUCGUGGAAGUGAUCUCAACCGGUAUUUGCGGCUCGGAUGCUCAUGUCUGGGAAUCCAACCCAGCAAAAGCGCCUCCUGUCCUUGGCCACGAGUCAGCAGGCAAGAUCUCAAAAGUUGGAUCGAAAGUUACGAGCAGGACCGUUGGUCAGCGAGUUGCGAUUGAGCCGGGGUUUGCUUGUAUGAAGUGCGAGUUCUGUAUUCGUGGAAAUCCUAACAUCUGCGCGAAUCUUGCGUAUUGUGGCCAUACUGAAAAUGGCACCCUGACGCAGUAUUUUGUGUGUCCUGCUCACAUGACUGUCCCGAUUCCGGAGUCGGUGUCCUGGCUGGAAGCUGGCUGUAUCCAACCCCUGGCUAUUGCUGUUCAGCUGGGGAGGAGAGCAAAUAUGAGAGCUCAUCAAACCGUGGCAGUCUUUGGUUGUGGCCCACUCGGCUUACUUGUGAUGGCCGUGGCCAGAGCUUACGGGACGAAGAAAAUCAUUACCUUUGAUAUUGAGAAGUCCCGAGUUGAUUUUGCGGUUAAGUACAACGCCGAUAUUGGGGUUGUCUGCCCUUUCAACACUGACAAAGUAGAGCCCUUGGCCUUCGCUACGGACUUCAUGAACAAGAUUAUUGCUGAGCAUGGACUUGGAUCUGGUGUCGACUUGACGAUUGAAGCAACUGGUGCUGAGGCCUGCGUUCAAAUGGCCGUGGUGUUGACGAAAUCAGGAGGCACAUUUAUACAAGCUGGGCUGGGAAAGUCGCUGACUUCGGUUCCGCUUUUCCUCUUCACGGCAAAGGAGCUGAAUAUGAAAGCUAAUGACGCUUUCAAGGCCCAAGCUGCGAGGAAGGAUAUUAAAAUUGUGAUAAUGAACCAAGAAUAA